AUGAUGCGACAUGGUCAAGAAGAUGAAGAUCGUGUUAAUCAAACAUUAUUGGCUUUUGCGAGAAAACAUAAUGUAAAAAUAGUUGCUACAAAUAAUACCUAUUAUAUCAAUCAAAAUGAUUCUAAUGCACAUGAUAUUUUAUUAUGCGUAAGGGAUGCAGAAAAACAGUCUACACCAAUUGGUAGAGGUAGAGGUUUUCGUUUUGGUUUACCAAAUCAAGAAUAUUAUUUUAAGUCGGAAGCUGAAAUGAAACAAUUAUUUCAAGAUAUUCCAGAAGCAAGAUGUAUUACUUCCAAUUUUGAUAUUCCAGCUGAAUUAGGGUGCGUUCGGAUGAUGAAAGAUAAUUUACAGAUUGGAGGAAAAAGAGGUGAAAAUGCCCUAAAUUUAAAAGACUAUUUAACUUAUAAGGGAGCGGAGAAACGUAUAUCCAGAAAUUACAGACGAAAUAAUGAACGUUUAGAUUUCGAAUGGCCAGGUCGUGGUUCUGCAGCAGGUUCUGCAGUUGCUUAUUGUUUAGGAAUUACAAACCUUGAUCCUAUCCAGUACGAUUUACUUUUCGAGCGUUUCUUGAAUCCUGAUCGUGUAUCGAUGCCCGAUAUUGAUAUCGAUUUUGAUGAUGAAGGACGAUCAUUGGUUAUGGAUUAUGUAAUUGAUAAAUAUGGUGCAAAUCAGGUAGCACAAAUUAUAACAUACGGUACAAUGGCAGCUAAAUCUUCUAUAAAAGAUACUGCUCGUGUGCUAGAUUUACCUUUGUUUGAUGCCAAUAGAGUUGCAGGAUUAAUUCCUAAUAUGAAACUGGCUAAAAUAUUUAAUUUAGAUGAUAAUGCAUUGAAAGGUGCAUUAAAAGCUGAAGAAUUAGAAGCUGUCAAUGAAUUAAAACGUCUUUCGAAUGGAAAUGAUUUGGCUGCAGAAACUAUUCAGCAAGCAAAAAUAUUAGAAGGUUCUGUUCGUAAUACAGGUAUUCAUGCAUGUGGAGUUAUUAUUACGCCAGAUGAUAUUACAAAUUUUGUUCCUGUAACAACAGCUAAAGAUUCUGAUUUAUAUGUAACACAAUUUGAUAACUCGGUAGCUGAAAGUGCAGGAUUAUUAAAAAUGGACUUUUUAGGGCUAAAAACAUUAACCUUAAUAAAAGAUACCGUAAAACUUGUAAAAGCUAGAACAGGAAUUGAAAUUAAUCCUGAUGAAAUUCCUAUUGAUGAUGUAAAAACAUACGAGCUUUUCCAACGAGGAGAAACAGUAGGGGUUUUCCAGUACGAAUCGCCUGGAAUGCAGAAAUACAUGAAAGAUCUUCGUCCUACUGUAUUUGCAGAUUUAAUUGCGAUGAAUGCUUUAUAUCGUCCAGGGCCAAUAGAAUAUAUUCCUUCUUUCGUGCGUCGUAAAAAUGGAGAAGAACCAAUUUCGUACGAUUUGGAUGCAAUGGAAGAAUAUUUAGCAGAAACGUAUGGUAUUACCGUAUAUCAGGAGCAAGUAAUGCUACUUUCUCAGAAAUUAGCAGGUUUUUCUAAAGGUGAUGCCGAUGUAUUGCGUAAAGCAAUGGGGAAAAAGCAGAAAGCAGUUUUGGAUAAAAUGAAACCUAAGUUUGUAGAACAAGCAGCAGAAAAAGGUCAUGAUCCCAAAGUUUUAGAAAAAAUAUGGACAGAUUGGGAAGCUUUCGCAUCGUAUGCCUUCAAUAAAUCUCACUCAACUUGUUAUGCAUGGAUUGCUUAUCAAACAGCUUAUUUUAAAGAAACAUUAUCAGCUAAUAAUGCUGCAGUACUUUCAAAUAAUGAUGAAUGA